GGUCCGGCCAUCUUGUGAUGGCAAGCGCUCUUGCCUGUAAAACACCCCCGAAAUCCUAAUAUUUAACUAGAAUAAUUAGUGCAAACGUUAAAAAAGUGUCGCUGACGGUGCGCCGAGUCUGUACAAAACCGAUUACUCACGUGGUACACCUCCUAUCGGUCGUGCCGAUCCUAAGAAAAAUUUGUGUACGGCACGUUAUUGUUUUUGUGUUACAUUUUCACCAAUUUGUGGAUUGUUCGCUGCUCCACCGAUGACGUAGCGCUCCCAGAUGCCCUGGAAUACCCACUGAUUCGUCCUAACAAUAAUGUGCAGGAUGGGCUGAACCGACUGGAUAAUCCUUUCAUCCGGAUGACAAGGGACCCAUAAAAACAGUUCUGCUGGGUGGAAAUGGAUAAAGAGAAUGGAAAGAGUAGCGAAGGUAACUCAGGCUCCAAUAAACAUUCUAACCAAUCGGAUCCGGCCUCUCUGCUCGAUGCAGCCAGCUUAUUUGGAGCUUACUGGCCCCGAGGAGAUGCAGCAGCGGCCGCCAACCUGUUCGCGGCUGGAGGCGGUUUCGGCAUUCCCCAGCAUCCGGCGGCUGCCGCGGCCGCCGCAUCCGGCAUGCCCUUCGGCCUCAUGCCGCCCAGUUCGCCGGGAGGCAGGGGCGCGAUGCCCAACUUCCCGACCUCGUCGGUGGCGGCGGCAUACAGCAACGCGUACACCAACACGCUGUCGGUCGCGGCCAGUCAAGCGGCUAGCCUCGGCAUACCGGCUGCAAGUGCAGCAUGGUGGUCGAUGGCCUCCCACCUGGCGGCCCAGGACUACCUCGCCCGCCUCCAGGCGUCCGGCCUGAACUUCCCCUCGUUGGCGGACCCCUACGCCUCCCUGGCCGGCCUACCCUCCCUCUCCGGCUCCUCGCACCACGGCCAGGGCAAGUCGAAGAACUCCAAGGGCGGCUCCAAGUCGCACGGCAACGCCAAAGACAAAUCCUCGCCCUUCUCGCACCACCACCAGCAGCAGCAGCGAUCCUCGCCCUCGCUGAAGAUGAGCUCUAGUCCGGCGCCGACGUCGUCGAAGGCCUCCUCCAAGAACUCCCCCGGCCUGACCAUCCAGCCCGCCUCCGCCGGGCGCUACCAGCAGCAGCAGGAGAAGAAGGCGUCCAAGUCGGCUGCGUCCGCGCUGAACGACAUGACCUACAACAUGAAGCAGCUGGAGAAGCUGAAGAACAGCGGCAACAACGUGAGCAUCAGCUCGAGCGAUUCGAUGGGAGGGAAGAUGUCGACGUCGUCGAGCAUCUUCAGCAGUCCGAUGAACAUGGUGAGCGGGUCGGAUAAGGGCGCCGUGACGUCGGCGGUGUCGAGCGCCAAUUCGAUCAGCAGCGUCGGCUUGCCUUCCAGUAUUUUAAGCGAUCCAAAUUCGAUACUAGGCGGCGUUCGCCUACCUCCAGAUACAGAAAUAAUCAAAUAUACCUCAUCGAUAGUCGGCCCUAAGGUACCCGGUACCACCAACCGAGGUAGAAAAAAGACAAUAUCUCUAGAUCCUCCCUUGGUGAGCGUUCAUCCCUCAACUUCCCUGGACAGAUCCAACAAACGACUGAAAUUGAACGAUUCUCAAGAGGACCAUCAGCAAAUGAACUCGCACGAUAGAAUAGAACUGAUAAAACUGCCACCGACCAACGGCAGUCCUUCGGGUAUGUCGGGAUCGCCGUACAGCAGCAAUAACGGCUCGGAGUCGACGGGGGAAGCCCCGCUCAAUCUGUCCCUCAAAUCGUCGACGCCUACCUCGUGCAGCACGAAUCCAUCCCUCAACUCCCUGAGCAACAUGUCGGCCAGCAUAGGCAUGGACAGAGUUUCGCGAAGGAAGCCCGGCCCGAAACCCAGACGGGUGAUACCGGCGGCGUCCCAGCCGCCGCCCGCGACGCCCAGCUCCUCCCUGAUCCAGAUGUUCGCGUCCGCCGAUUCCCCGCGACCUCCGAGUCGCAACGAGGGUUCCGACGGCGGCAGUUCCACCUCGUCGACGUCGGCCACGGCCGCGAACGCGGGCGGCUCCUCCUCCUCCAACCACAAGGAGGGCAGACCGAGGAACCUGGGUAGGGGCGUGAGCAAGCCGAAGAAGAACACCGUGGCUUCCCUCCUGGCUCAGAGCAGGGCUUUAGGGAUAAAGCCCAUGCCCAUGUUGGACCCUAACACUUCGAUGAACCAGCAGCUCAGCUACCUGAAAUCGAACAUACUGGCCGCGCAGCAGUACAUCAACGAGGCCGGCGGCGACGAGAAGAUGUUCAACAAGCUGCUCCAGGAAAAGUUCAAGGGUACCCUGAGCGAUUCCAGCACGGUGGACGCUUCCACUGACUCGGACAACAUGUCCGAUUCCAAUCACACCGAUUCGGAGAUGGAGGUCGAGCUGCCGGUCAAGAAGCAGAAGCAGUACGACGAGAGGGCGCUGCGCGUGCCGCUGGAGUUAGGUUGGAAACGUGAAACUGUGAUCAGGGGACUGACCAAAAACGGCGGUUUGAAAGGCGACGUUACUUACUCGGCACCCGAGUGCUCCAAUAAAUUCAAACAAAUGUCAGAUGUCACUCAGUAUCUAGAUAGUCAGAACAUCACGGAAUUAUCCAGAGAAAACUUCACCUUCAGCUGUAGGGUUAUCCUGGGCAACUACCUCCAACCCAUGCCUCCCGAGAUGGCUGUGGAUAGCGAAUAUGUCCAACUGACCGAAGAGGAUGUCACAAAAAGAUUGGAGGAGUUAAAAUCGGCCAUGAGAACAAACCUGUCGGUAGAACAACGAAUAGAAUUGGCCAGGAAACAACAGGCCGUCAGGGCAGCUGCUAGGUUGGAUAGGGAGCAGGCCAGGAUAGCCAAGGAGAUCGAGAGGUCCGAGCGUCAGGAGGCCGCCAGGAGGGACAGGGAGAUACGAUCUCAACAAAUGAUGGAGGCUAAGAGAAAACGUCAAGAGGAAAUGGAGAGACAGAAACAGGAAGAACAGCAAAGGAAACAACAGGAAAGAGAAUUGAAGAGACAACAAGCAUCGAUGAUAAAAGAACAGAUGUACAUUCAGGAGAUCAGUAAACAGCAAGAAAUGCUCUACACUGUUGAGUUGGAACGGGAACGGCGAAGACAGCACAUGGCCCUUGUGAAAUCGCUGGAGAGCAGGAGGAAACUGGAGGAGAGGGAGAAGAAGAAACAGCAACUGCUGGCCGAGAAACAGGCCAACAAGGAGAAGAAGAUGGAGCAGAGGCGGAUGGAGAUGGAGAUCUUGAGCGAACUGAGGAAACCCUGCGAAGACCUGGAACUGGACCAGAAGCCUCUGCCGGAACUGGAGAGGAUACCCGGAUUGAAACUACCCGGGCAGGCUUUCGGGAACGUCCUCAUGGUGUUCGAGUUUCUGCACAACUUCGGGGAGACCCUGGGCUUUGACAUGGACUCCCUGCCCACCCUGGACUCCCUCCAGCAGGCGCUGAUGCCCAACGAACACUCUUUCGAGGCGGAAGAAGAACUGUUCUCGAUCAUGACCCAUCUGCUGGUCUGCGCCAUCGAAGAUCCGGGUAUUCCUAACCCGGCCAGACACACCACCAUCCUGGGACAGAGCCUGAGACAGGCGGACAUAACCCACGUCAACCUCUCGGAGAUCCUGAGGAUAUAUCUUUACGCGAACGCGACGGGGGAGGUUAAGGCCCUGACGGGGGUGCAUUUCGAGAGGGAGCGCGAGAAGAGGAUAGCCGACCACCAUCAGAACGACGACGAGAUGCAGGUCACGCAGCAGGGCAAGAACUCGCAGUACUACGAGAUCCUGCACGACAACGAGACGUGGAAGCUGUCCAACAUGCUCAAGGACAAACCCUUCAUGGCCCUAUCGCCGACCCGGAAGUCCGAGAUACUGGCCUACAUAUGCAACGAGCUGCUCCAGAACAAGGCGGUGAUCCGGCAGAUCGAGGGUUCGCUGGAGCAGGUGGCCCAGCUGAAGAAGGAGAAGUGGCUGUUGGAUAACAAGAUCAGAAAGUUGAAAUUGUUGCAUGGGAAGAAGGUCAGGUCGGAGGCCGUGGAGAAGGUGCAUAAGAUUGGGGAUAUGGACGGUUCAGAGUCGGCGGUGGACUCCCCGUCUUUGCAUAAAGAUGACCUAUUGGACGACGAGGACAACGAGAUGAGCGACAACGAGAGUCUUGCCACCCAACCCGAAGAGGAGGAAGACGCCAAGCUGAGCGGCGAAGAGCUCGGCAAGAAACUGGAGAAACUGAUAAAAACGUCGGAGAGCCAACUCCAAGCCCUGAACAUCUCCACCCAACAGCUGAGGGCCACCUGCUUCGGCCAGGACAGGUUCUGGAGGCGGUACUGGCACUUCCCCAAGGCGGGCGGCAUCUACGUCGAAGCCAUGGAGUCCGCCGAGCCAGACCUCCUCCAGCAGAUCUCCGACGAGGAGAGCAAGACGCACGACAUAAUCGACACCGCUCACCUGGUCGACUGCCAGGAGAGGACGGAAGAGGCUCGGCUAUGCGACGAAGAAAACGACGAGAACGAACACAGGAAGACGCCGAACAGAUUGGAGAGCGUGGAGAACGGCAACGCGCUGCCGGACGGGGACGACAACAACCUGGUGGAGUUGCAGAAGAGCGUGGACGACGUCGUCCAGAGCUUGGAGAAGGAGCGGGAGAUGAAACGGGAGGAAGAGGAGGAACCGUUGAGCAGCAGGAAGUUCAACCUGUUCGAGAAGCUGGGCCAGUGCAUGGAGAGGGAGAACAAGACGGAGGAGGAUCUCAGGGCCGACGUCAAGGCCGAGGUGAAGGAGGAGCUCAAGAACGAGAUACUGAACGAGCUCAAGUGCGAGAUAAAGACGGAGUGUGUGAAGGACGAGGAGGACGCCAAGGGGGAGACGGAGACCAAGUGGUUCAGCGUGCUGAGCAGGGAGGGCACUUGCGAGGAGGUGCAUCUGACGGCUGGCAACAAGUGGGACAACGGCGCCGUCACCAGGGACAACGUGACCGAACUGAAGAUACCGGUGUUUCCGCAUCCGAACUCGGCGGCAGGGGGCGGCGGUUCCGCGUCCUCCGGCUAUACGAACGCGGAGAACUGCGACAAUCUGCCGCCGCUGCUGAUAACGGCGGAGGAGAGCGCCCAGCUGGAGUACAUCAAGAAGCACGGCAUGCCGAAGUCUUGCCCGAAGAAGAGCGUGCCGGUGGAGAAGCGGUACGGUUGGUGGAAGGUCACGAAGAUCGACGAGUUAAAAGAAAUCCUGGAGAACUUGCACGUCCGCGGCAUACGCGAAAGGGAACUGAAGAGAAAUUUCAACAGUAUCAUGCAAGCGAUGUAUCCCACGCUGAGGAUACACAUAGAAGAGGGUAACAAGGAAUUGACGGAGCUGUCCACGGAACACAUCGACGACGUCAUGUUCAUGGAAGGCGGGGCGCCGUAUCCCGAUCAGAAGGACGCCUGGAACAAGGCCAUCGCGGAGAGAGUGGACGCGUCUCUGCUAGAACAGGUAGAAGCUCUCGAGGAGAAAGUGGCCAACGCCAGUAUGCAGGUGAAGGGGUGGAAACCGCCGGGCAGGGACGGCCCACCCGUACCCCCCGAAUACAUGAUAUACACCAUCAGGGAGCGACUGGCCUCGUUGGAAUUGAACAUCGAAAGGAGAUACCUCAAGCCACCGCUGGGAGUCAACACCGGCGAUCCCAACCUGGCGGCGAUCGCUCAAGAGACCACGGGCGCCUCGUCGUCGACGUCGUCGUCCCAGCCGCCCACCCCGGGCGUGGACGACAUACCGAAGGGUCUGGCAACGUGGCGCGAGGCCCUCAACCGUAGCCAGACCUCGGCGCAGCUCGCGAUGUGCCAAUAUUCCUUGGAGGCGUCCAUCGCGUGGGACAAGAGCAUCAUGAAAGCUGUGAGCGCUACUUGUGCUUUUAGUAGAGUGACAGCUCGCAAAUAUAACAGUAAACUAAGUAACUGUCAAUUCUGCCAUAGUGGGGACAAUGAGGACAAACUGUUACUUUGCGACGGUUGUGAUCGAGGUUAUCACACCUAUUGCUUCAAACCCAAGAUGGAAAACAUUCCAGAGGGAGAUUGGUACUGUCACGAAUGCAUGAAUAAGGCUACAGGUGAGAGGAACUGUAUCGUGUGUGGUAAAAAACAGGCCACGACCGGUACGAAACUCGUGCUUUGCGAUCUGUGCCCGCGCGCCUACCAUCUGGACUGUCUGCAGCCGCCCAUAACGAAGAUCCCCCGCGGUAAAUGGUACUGCCUCAAUUGCAUCUCGAAGAAACCCCAGAAGAAGGUCAAGAAGAACAAUAACAAGACGCCGAAAGAAGCUGAAUCGACUGAACAUCCUCCUCCACCUAGCCCUGCCCCGUCUCACAGCUCCGUGGCGACGAACGAAGACCAGUCGACGAUAACGAACUGCAACCAGAGCGACAUCUCCAACUCCAGCAUGUGCAACACCAUGUCGCCGUCUUCCCAAACGCCCAAAAAAGACAGGCAGUCCAAGAAAUUGAUAAAGGAACUGGCCCCCUGCAAGGCGAUCCUGGAAGAUCUAGAGUGCCACGACGACGCUUGGCCUUUCUUGUUGCCAGUCAACACCAAACAAUUCCCCACGUAUAAGAAGAUAAUAAAGACCCCGAUGGACCUGUCCACCAUCAAGAAAAGGUUGCAGGAUAUGUACUAUAAGAGCAAGGAGGAGUUUAUCGCGGACGUGAGACAGAUAUUCAACAAUUGCGAAAUAUUCAACGAGGACGACAGUCCGGUAGGUAAGGCCGGCCACAUGAUGAGGCAGUUCUUCGAGGCCCGUUGGAACGAGAUGUGUCUGAACCACAGUUGAGGUUUCGUAAAUAUCGAACGUUGUUAGUGAUUGACCGAUUUGACAACGAUCUCCCGUUGGGGGGACUAAUGAAUGCAGGAAAAAACUCGAAUAUUUUAAUUAUAAAAUUUGUUGCCGAGUAUGGAUGUUUCUUGAGAGAUUAAAAAUGGUUUUCCGAUUGAAAGAAAAUAAUUUUCUUUGAGAUGUUCUUGGUUGUGUUGAUAUGCAUGGACAAUGGUUUCCCGGAAGGUAUUUUCUAGUGAGUGAUACAAUGACGAUGAUAUUUUGACAAUGUAUACUAGGAUAGAGCUUUUCACUGUUGUCCAUACUGUAAUUUUUCGUGUACAGUUCAGUAAUAGUCGAUAAGCGCCCUUUGAAACAAUUCACUUUUCAAUGCAUCAGAAAUUAUUUUGUAUUUUUGAUAGUGUUCUAUAUUUUUAUAUAUAAUUUAUUUAGAAAGCGUCUUUUAUUUGACCUCUUUCGAUUUCCAAAGAUGUGUUGGAAGAAGUGAUCUGAUUUUUGUGUAGCUCCAUUCCGUUUUAGUUUCUUCGAAUAAGGACUGAGAUAUUAGUUUAAAUUCGUGUUUGGGUAUCAUGUAAAAAGUGUAAAAAGGUACAUUCAAAUCGCUCAACAUCAACAGUACAGAAGACAUUGUAUUUAAUAAAAAGUAUUGUAAAAUCUAAAUAUUUCAGAGGUUGUACUAAAUUAUUAAUGUGUUUUAGUAGGCUAGUUCUGGCAAAUAUUAUUUGCGUUUCUAGAACUAGGCGUAUUUCAGUGUAAGAUAUUAUUUAAUUAUAUCUACUUUUUAAACGUAA